AGUUUCGCGGCUUCAAAGGUAGCCAACACAUUUUGGCCCUUGAGCCAGGCACCUGGUUCAAGGGAAAAGUGGUGCCUGGCUCACGGGAGCCAAAGUGCCAUGGGAGUGAAAUGCGGAUUCAACGGGCACGUGUCCCGUGAAUACGAACCCAAGCCUUUGGCGGAGAUCUGGGCGGAGGCGCGGCAGAAAGGCCUCAGUGAGGUCAUUGUGGUGGACGGCACCAACUUUUUGAUGGACCUGGCCACCGGCCCCAGCUGGCAGUUGGGCUGGCCAGGGCUGCCGCGGCUGCAGGAGAUGGAGGAGUUACUUCGGGCGAUCCUGCUGAAGAUCGUGGAGGCAUGUCCCGGCGCAGAGCUGCACUUCGUCUUGGACGGCAUGCCACAGCCAUGCGCAGAUGCGAAAGAGCAAGAACAGCUGCGCCGCACAUGUGACAAGCUGCUGAAGCAGCAGGAGGCGGUUUUGACGUACGGCAAGGUCGGAUACUGCCCCCGCGGCGGCGGGAUGCUUUGCAUGAUGGAAAUGAAGAGGGUCCUGCUUGAGGUGGUCAAAAGGAUAGGUGGCGGCCACCGGAUCCUGCGGGCACACUCCUUGCAGAUUGAUGCAGACGCCGUGACGGCAUUGUACGCUAAGAAGCAAGCAGCCAGCUUUCUGAUAUCAAAUGAUGGGGACUUCUUGGUGAGUUUCGAAGGUUGCGUUGUGCCUUCGAAGUCAUUUUCAUUCACAGAGGAGCGCCAGUUGCGCGCCAAGGGUUUGUGGGUGCCUGGACGCUUGGCGGCCUUAGGGCUGCCCCACUUUGAGUCUUUGAAGGCGCUGGCGUGCCUGGCUGGAACCGACUUUUCCACUGCAACUUCGGAGGAAAAGUCCAUUGUGCAGCUGGUAGAGGAGGUCAAGUUGAUUGCCCCAUCGUCCAGAGAUGCUUCUGAGACUCUUCAAUGGCUCAAUUGGAAAGGGCAACUCGGCUUGCUGUUCGAAAGAUGGAAUGCCGAGGACUGUAUCAUCCAGGAUCGCGACGGUCAGACCCUGAAGCGCCCCAUCUCGCCCUUGCAGACCCAGUUCCCCCUCUCAAUCAGCAUCAAGGUAUUCGACUGGAAGGCAGUAGCGCAGCACAAGCUUGCAGAUGCAGAAGUAGAACUGUUCUUGCGUCAAUAUGACCUGCCUGCUUACGGUCAGUUUGAUGGCUUUGACAACGCCUGGACAUGGAAGUCUAGUCUGGCUUGCGGCUUGACGUGUGUCUUCCCACCGGGGGACUUGGAUCCUGUCGUGAGAACAUUUCUGGCAGAACGUGUGCAAUAUGAUUUGCUGCAGUCAUAUUGCAGUGGCACGCUGUCCACUUUGCCUCUGAACCUUCUUCAUAGCCUUCGCAACCCACAGCCGCUGUUUAUCAGCUCAGAGCCCGCUGAUUGCCUUGGCCAACACGAGCAAAAGGUGAGCGUGAUGUUUGCGCGGCGCGUGGCUGGGUUGCUGGCGGGAGCCAAGUCGGACUUGCCCGACUCUUGGGAGGAGGAGGAGGCAAGCGGUCAGCAAUUCACAUUCGCGGUGGAGACGAUCAGCCCGCAGGCCAUUUUGAAAUGUGCCCCGUUCGCUCAGAAGGUCGCAACCAUGGAGGAGCAGGUUGCAGAAUUCCGGAAGAACCAGCAGGAGCACAAGGCAGCUGCGACUUUGCAGGAGGCGCAGGACUGUCGGCAGGAGGCCUUGUUAGUGCUGGAAAAGCUGGGGCCCAACCUCAAAGACCGGAAGUAUGAGGAGGCCGAGGCGCCGUCCUGGCUCUUCGACGCUUCCCCGGGCCAUCGCUUCUGGUUCUUGGCCACCGGCUCCGCAGAGGUGCCCGAGGAAGCGGAACAUGUGCACGGCCCCAUGAGCAACGCGGCCAAGAGGCGCCUCUUCCUGCAAGUCUUGGCCACCAUGGUGCGCGACAUAGCGGUGGCCAGGGAUCAUUGGCAACACUUAUGCAAAAUGCUGAAUGUGCAGGUUCAGUCUGAAUGCAUCAAGUUGGAAGGGAAGGAGAAGCUCAUCAAGAGCUCUCUGAUUCUGGGCAGCCUUUGCUGGAAGGCGCUCAAAAUCAUCCAGGAUGCGUUUUGCUUGUCUGGCGGGCAAGGAUUCUUCUUCAACGAGCGUUUACCGCUGGAUGGAGGGCCCGUUGUACUCACGGAAGGGCACGUGCACAAGGCGCGGAAUGGCUACCGCUUUAUUGUGCGUGCUUUGGGAGACAGUCAGGAGGUGCCUGACAGCUGGGUUAAAGCAGCUCAGCUCAAAGCCCUCACCGAGCUGAACGCCCAGCUGCAAUUCUCAAAAAACAACAUGUUUAUCAUCAACCAUCUUGGAGCAGAAGAUGCCUUCAAGUUUCACCGUCGCAUCGUCAUCGUUGAGGGAGUGCCCGUGCGAAUGACAGUGAAGGCUCUCGACUGAGAGAUCUAGGCCGAGCUUUCGCGACUUAUCAACAAGUCAAAUGCCGUGCAAUGCCAUCGACGCACA